AAGGUACCUUGUAACCAAACUAGACGUCAUUACGUUGUUUUGUGACAUUAUUCCGUCAGUGGGGAACUACCGUACGCUCCUUUAAGUUUUUCAUUUCUCGCUGGACGAGUACAUCUUCCUCGCCGGAUUCGUCGGAUCAGUUUUCCCAUCCUACGAUAAGCUAAUCUAUAUCAUCGUGAAAAAAAUGCAAACGACCAGUCUCUGACGCGAUUGAUGAUUGCAGAUAAAGCAGCUCGGAAGCAGAUAAUAGUGCGGCCGAUAAGAGAAAACCGACAUCGGCUUGCGAUCGGAAGUCGUCAUGUAUCCAAAUCAGUAGUCCACGAAGAGUUGCUCGAGAGCUGCUCGCAAGCUGCGUAGUCACCGUCUGCUUCUGUGUAGCAUUGAUAUCUUGCACAGUUUGCUUCGUUAUUUUUACCCGUAUCGUAUCGUACGAGUAAGUGAAAAGAAGAGUUUUAAUAAUGGGAAAACUUGCUGUAGCACUUCUGACGGAGCUUCUCGUCGUUAUACCGAUUGCUCUUGGGGAACGUUUUCAUGGGCAUUUUUCUUAUAGACAGUAUUACGAUAAUCACGUUAAUGACGGACGAUUGACGAACCCAACAACCGCUACCUAUGAAACAGCCAAGGAAUCGUAUGGCGAGCCUGAAGAUACAUACGCUAGCGAGAACAGCCCUGGAUCCUCGGACUUAUGGCAAGCGAGAAGUGGCGGCGAUAAUUACGUACAAGUGCCACGUUGCGCUCACAUGGGACAGACUUUCUGCGAGGAUGUCCCGCAUUAUCCUCAGGACUUUGUGAACAGGAUGAUCGCCAAAAAUCCCAGCCUGCUAAAUUACGCACAAGAGGACGUUAUUGGACUUGCGCCACGAUCCGACGUCGAAGAAGAACCGCUUUGCCUGUCCACGGAGAAAUUAAUUACUCCAAAAGUGGGUAUAAACAUAAAAGGUCAGUGGCUGUACAUCCUUCAGUCGAAUGAGACAAAUUUCCGUCAGAGCUUACGAGUUGAAACUUGCAGAGAGGAGGAUGCUAAGUGCAGGUUAAUCGACGGUUUCGCCGAGGGAUACGCCACGGCGUGCAGGCAGAAAUUCAUUUAUCGCGUGCUGAUUGCCAUUUCUCACGGCGACAUCGUUCGUGAUUACUUCCGACUUCCCGCGAGCUGCUGCUGUCGCGUCCAAUUCAAGCCCAGUCAGAAAGGUAACCUUGAUUCAAGGUUGAUUCAACGUCGAUGCGGUUGUCAGCAUGGUUGGAGUUGAUAAGAAAGUCGAUAUUCCUACAAUGUCAACCCUCUUUCAUUGAUGAUUCAAGAUUGAUUCAACGUCAAAGCAACUCACCAAGAAAUGAUUGGUUGAAUCGACAUC